AUAGAAAUAAAAUGUUAGAAAUUAAAAAGAGAUCAAUCUCACUUCAAAACAAUUAGAACACACCAAUAGAUUGUUAUUUUUAAUCAGAAUGUUCUCCAGAGAGAUUAAAAAGAAAGACUUAAAAAUCUCAAUAAACAAUGAUUUUAACUUCCCCAGUAUUAUUAUAUUAUCUUAAGUUUAGAUUCGUUGUAUUGAGAAGAACAAUGUUAAUGAUUUUGAUAUCUAUAUAGAUGGUAAUCUAACAGUAAAAGAGGGAUGGUUAUAUUAGAGUAAAAGAGUAUAUGUUUAAUUGACAAGACAAUCUAUAAAAGAAUACAAUGAUGAAUAGAAGUUAUAAUUAAUUAGAAUAUUAUCAUUGAAAGAAUUCGAAAUUAGUAUUAUUUAAGAGAAACAGUUAAUAAAGAUUAAAUUUAUUCAUCUUAAAUAAACUGUAUUAUACUAAGCUAAAGAUGUUGUUGAAGCUAAAAUGUGGGUUAAUAGUUUAAAUAUUGUAUUUGAUAAACAUAGAAAUUAUCCAAAAAAUAGAUUGUAAUCAUAAGAAGUACCUCGUUAUUUUGGAAUUGAUGUUAUAUCUGAAGAUUACUUUUUGAAGAUAGUAGAAUCAGGAGAUCUAUUAUUGUUUGAAACCAAUAACACAGGAGCCAAAUUAUAGAGAAUAUUUACAAAUACAAAAUAUGAUCAUGUUGCUAUUGCUAUUAAGAUGGCUAAUAAAUAUUUAUUUGUUUUUGAUGCUAAUGCUGAUACUGGUGUUACUUUUUUAGAAUGGUCUUAAUUCAUAGAAGUUAAUGAUUUAUAUGAAAAGUAAGAUCAUAUUAAUAUUAUAGGUUAGCUAUUCGUAAAUUAAUGAAUGUUAAUAGAUCUUAAAUUGAAAAGAAAAUGAUUGAAUUUUUACAAUAAGUUCAUGGGAAGAAAUACGAAGUCACUAUUAGCAAAUUAUUUAGAUAAAAGAGUUUAAGUCCAUCCAAGAAAAAUGAUACUUACUUUUGUUCAGAAUUAGUAGCCAAAGCCUAUAAGAAUUGUGGACUUCUAGAAUCUGAUAAGGCUUGUAGUUCUUAUUGGCCAGUGGAAUUCACUAAACCAUUAAAAUUUAGUAAAGAAGCUUCAAUUAGUGAUGAUAUUGUAGUUAUACUUAAAAAGCAUUUGUCUAUAAAAUCAUGA